AUGAAUUGUGCUGUGGACAUUCAAGAAAAGGAACAGGACAGCAACAGAUUCCUUAUUAAGUCAAACAACAAGCAGAAGCUCAGGAACAUCAUGAUUUACUUCUACAUUGCAAUUCUUGCAUCCACGACAAAUUCGUGGGUUAAUAUCUUCAGCGAAAUUCUAGCUGACGAGACAAAAGAUAUAACAUGCCUGGUUGUGUCCUGGAUCUUUGCAUCCUUGCCAUGUAUCAACAUGAUAACAGAACUACUAUCCAGCAUAUGGAAUCUUGUCAUGAAAGAUAUAGAAAAGGAAAAUGUCCUUAAAUGUGUAAAAGCACUCUUUGAUUUCGUUGUGAUUUUGCACAUACUCAACGAAUCUAGACGCGUACCAACCUAUAGAGUAAAACAGGAAACAACGCCUAAAAUAGUGAUUGCUUCCUAUUUCUUACUUAUGUCCCAAAGAAUCACUGACGAUUUGAACUCAAGCACAAUCACAGUGAUUGUUACUAGCGUCAUGAUGAUUCUGGGAAUGAAUGUAAUAAGAAAAGAGAAGUUUGGAUAUCUGAAAUCCUCUAUGAAACAUUUUAUUGAUUUUCUUGUUUACUGCUUCUCCUCGUCAACUCAGAGGAGAGUCAUCCCCUACUUAGGAAAUAUAAUUCCGACUCUCUUGAUAGGGUAUCUGAUUAUACUGGCAUCAGGGAUACUCAUUUACCUUGAAGAUCGGCUUGUAAAGUGCAUAGUACUCCCUCGAGAUAGGCUUCUCUUUGCCUAUGGAAUCAUUCUUUUUAUGUUGGCUCUUUACAUUUCUAAGGAGGGAGAAGACAUGGCCAUUGAUAUAGUUAAGAAUGCAACCUCUAUAUGGUCCAUUGCACAUCAAAGGGCAAGUAGUUUUUUGUUUUCGUUCUUUGACAAAAAUUGA